UUGCGAUGCCCGGCGCCGAACUCGUUUUGAGUUUCCGAAAGAAACGGUUUUGGGCUUUGGGCUUUAGGUUUUGUAAUUACUGGUGGGGGAGGAAAGAGCACAGCUGUUAGAGGAAAGAACUGCACCAUCUGGAGCCUUAUACCAACAUGCAGCAAUAGGUUUUAGAUGAGGUUUGGAGCUUUUCCAAGUCUGGUACAAGGCAUGUAGGUGGCAUUUGGACCAUGGAAUCUUCGACCUGCCGGCUUGUAGCACGUGCCACCUCGGGUGACCUCCUUCGGUUCAGGAAAUCGCUACAACGACGUCGUCUACGAGGAGCUGGAUGACCUCGACUUGAGCCCCUUCCGCUCCUUGGCCGUGCUGCGUUUUCCGGUCCAUUGGGUGCCCCAGGUGGGUCAACUGCGGGACCAUGUGCUUCGCCUGGGUUCCACGCAGCACUUGGCCAUGCAGUUCGCGUUGGAAGAGCACGGUGGCUUUCUGGGUAUUGCAGUGGACAUCCCUCAGGCCCAAUAUUUGCCACGAGGCUGUGUGGGUGCCGAGGUGCUCCGCUUGACUGUGGAGGAGGAUGCCGUCCAUGUGACCUUGCGUGGGGUCAGCAUGCUCCGGAUCAUUGAUCGCGUGGCCAUGCCAAACAAGGAUGGUGUCGUGCGACCCCUGAUGCAAGAGGUCUUGGAACAUACGGAGCUGGAACAGAGCGAGGGCCUGGAAGUCUUGCUGAAAGAGACCAAGGAGGUGGAACGGCUCUUUGAUCACUGCGGCCAGAUUCAGAAGGAGACGGGGAUCUUCGCAGCGGGAGACUUGUCCAAGAGCACGUUGCUCAGCUUGGCACAGACGGCCUCGGAGAACUUGAAGGAUGUGAAUCUCUGUGGUGUGCGCCACAGCGAGCAGCGAGGCCCUGUAGUGACCAGCCAUGCGGCGGUCUUUGCCUUCAGCGCGCAGAAGAAGGCCGACUUCCUCUGCGACCCCUUCAGCGCUUUGCGGCGGCUGCGCACGCUGCGGAAGUUCUUGUGCCUCAUGGACCGGGUGUUGACACCCAAGUUGCGAGUUUCUUAAAAAA